CCCGGCUCGAUAUAAGCAGCACUCAAGUGCGUGGAGAGAGAAACACCCUUCACUGCUCAACUCAUCUCAUCUCAACUCAACUCUCUUUACAAGCAAGCAUGGCAAAGCGCGUGGCGGUGAUUCUGGCCGGCUGCGGCGUGUAUGACGGCACAGAGGUCCACGAGGCGUCUGCUGUGAUGGUGCACCUCAGUCGAGCAGGUGCCAAGGUCCAGAUGUUUGCACCUGAUGUUGAGAUGAUGCAUGUGGUGAACCACUGUGAAGGCAAGCCCAUGACGGACACGAGGAACGUGCUACAGGAGAGCGCGCGCAUCGCCCGGGGUGACGUCACAGACCUGGUCAAGUUGGACGUCGGCUCCUUUGAUGCGCUCAUCAUUCCAGGUGGUUUUGGAGUGGCUAAAAACCUGAGCGACUGGGCCACCAAAGGCAAGGAGUACUCAGUCGAACCUGAGGUUGAGAAGGUCAUUAAAGCUUUCCAUCAGGCCAAGAAACCCAUGGGCAUGUGUUGCAUCUCUCCUGUGCUGGCAGCCAAAGCUAUUCCCGGGUGUGAGCUGACCGUCGGCCACGACUCGGAGUGUGAGAAGUGGCCAUAUGCUCAAGUGGCUAAAACCAUGGUUGAACUGGGCUGCAAACACUUGAACAAGAACGUGGGCGAGGUGCACAUCGAUACCAAGAACAAACUGGUGACUACGAGUGCGUUCAUGUGCAACGCUCCUAUCCAUGAGAUCUAUGACGGUCUGGGUGUCAUGGUCAAAGAAGUUCUCAAACUAGCUUAAAUUUGUAAUUUCACUGUCUGAAUAUUGUUACAUCAAUAGAUAUGUUUAUUUAUUUAUAAAUGAAUUAUGUUGUCAUUUAAACCCAGAAAACAACCCAUCACAAAACCAAUGAGACCAGUUCGUUUUCAGUAAAACAGGGCAAACAUACUGUCAGUGUAUGUAUUUGUGUGGUAGUCUAUUAUCAAUAAAACUGAACAGAUUUUAAACA